GUUUGCAGUACAUCUGAGUUAACAAAGUGGUAUCAGAGCGGGUUGCAAGCUGUAACCAAGAGAGAUUUGUGUGAUUCGUGAGUAAGUAAAGAGUGAUUCUCUGGGUUGGGAAACACGAGUGAACAAGUGAGGCAAGAAAUUUCCUGGUGAGAGCUCAAAUAUGAGUGAAAGCAGCUUUGCUCAGGUCUGUAUACCCAAGUUUGAUGGGGAUUUCGACCACUGGAGCAUGCUGAUGGAGAACCUUCUGCGAUCUAAAGAAUACUGGGCAGUGGUUCAGGAUGGAAUAAGGGAGCCUGCACAAGGAGAGGAGUUGACUGAGGCUCAGCAAAGAGUCCUGGAGGAAAGGAGAUUGAGAGAUCUCAAGGCAAAGAAUUACUUAUUCAGCUCCAUUGACAAGAGCAUUUUGAAGACAAUUACUCAAAAGGCAACAGUCAAGGAGCUGUGGGAUUCAAUGAAAACAAGGUACCAGGGCAGUGAAAGGGUGAAGAAGUCACAACUCCAGAGUCUCAGGAGAAGUUUUGAACUGCUGCAAAUGAAGGAGGGAGAGUCUGUUACAGACUAUUUUGGAAGAGUAAUGACUGUGGCCAACUCUAUGAGGAACUGUGGAGAGCUGAUGCCAGAUGUGAAGAUAGUGGAAAAGGUACUGAGAACACUGACUGCAAAAUUCAAUUUCAUAGUCUGUUCUAUAGAAGAGUCCAAGGACAUAGAAGAAUUGAGUGUUGAAGCUUUGCAAAGCUCAUUGCUUGUGCAUGAGCAAAAGUUUAUUAAGCAAUCUGAGGAAGAACAGGCUUUGAAGGUGACUUUUGAGUAUGGAGGAAGAGGUGGACGAGGUCCAGAGAGAGGCAUGUAUCAGGGUAGAGGAAGGGGAAGAGGAAGGGGAUUGAAUCGUGACUUGGUAGAAUGCUUUAAAUGUCACAAACUGGGACAUUUUAAGGCAGAAUGCCCUGAGUGGUAUGGCAAUCACCAAACACACUAUUCAAGUCACAGUUCCAAUCCUAAUCAGUCACAAUUCAACCACCCUGACAUGACUGAAGAUGUUCUACUCAUGGCUUUUGUCGAGAAGAAAGAAGAAGAAGCAGGAGUGGAUCUGCAGAAUUCAAUGGCAUUUCUGGACUCACAGCUUGAAGAGACAAGGGAUACCUGGUGGUUUCUUGAUUCUGGCUGCAGCAACCACAUGAGUGGAGAAAAGCAGUGGUUCACUACCAUGGAAGACAAUGAUGAUUGCAAUGUGAAGUUGGGCAAUGGAUCGAGGCUUACAGUUGCUGGCAAAGGCACAGUCAGGAUAGUGGUAGAUGGAGUUUCUCUGGCAAUCAGUGAUGUGUUCUAUGUUCCAGGGCUCACUACAAACCUGCUGAGCGUAGGACAAUUACAAGAGAAGCAGCUGAACUUUGUCUUCAAAGAAGGAACUUGCAAAAUCUAUCAUGAAGAGAAGGGAUUGUUGCUGCAAACAACAAUGAAGACCAACAGAAUGUUUGUUCUGCACUCUCAGAAGCAGACUAACAGUUCUAACAAUAAUCAUCACUGUUUGCACCAAACUGAAGCCAGUAACAAGCUAUUCAAUCUCUGGCAUAGGAGAUUUGGACAUCUAAACAGCAAAAGCCUACUGCAGAUGAAGAAAAAGGAGGUUGUGCAAGGAUUACCUCAGCUGCAAGGAGACCUGGGAGUCUGCUCCACCUGCCAGAUUGGAAAGCAACACAGAGCCAGCUUUCCUAAGCAAAGCACAUGGAGAGCAACCAAGAGACUCCAGCUGAUUCAUGCUGACCUAUGUGGACCAAUCACACCAGUGUCCAAUGGGGGAAAAAGAUACAUUCUCACUAUCACUGAUGACUUCAGCAGGAAGUUGUGGGUGUAUUUCUUGGAAACAAAAGCAGAAACUCUAAGUUGUUUCAAGAAAUACAAAGCUCAAGUAGAAAAAGAAGCUGGUGAACCUAUUGUGUGUCUCAGAACUGAUCGAGGAGGGGAAUUUCUUUUGAAUGAGUUCAAAGGAUUAUGUGAAGCUGAAGGCAUAAGGAGGCAACUGACUGCUGCAUUGACUCCCCAACAGAAUGGGGUUGCUGAGAGGAGGAACAGGACCAUAAUGAACAUGGUCAGGUGCUCCAUGGCUGAUACAAGAGUCGCGGCAACAUUCUGGCCAGAGGCUAUGGCAUGGACCAGUCACAUUUUAAACAUAAGUCCUACCUCAGCAAACUCUGGAAAAACACCACAUGAGCUCUGGUCAGGUAAACCUCCAGCUGUUGGUCAUUUUAAAGUGUUUGGAUGUGUAGCAUAUGUCCAUGGGAAUGAUCACCUGAGGAAGAAAUUGGAUGCCAAAAGUAUACAGUGCUACUUCCUAGGCUUAUCCACUGAGUCUAAGGCUUAUAAACUGUAUAAUCCUGUUACCAAAAAGAUAGUGAUCAGUAGGGACGUGGUCUUUGAUGAGACCAAGGGCUGGUCUUGGGAGUCUGAAGCUGAACCUGUAUUGACCAAAGUGACUUGGGAAGGAAGUAAUGAGCCAUGGUAUGAAUUUGAUGAGGAGGAAGAAACUGCCACUACAGAAUCAACACCAUCAGUCACACCACCAGCAGACCCAUCAACAGAACCAACUACACCAAUUCCUUCUGCAGCAACUCAAGCACCUCAGGAUGAUGGGGAGGAAGAUGAGGAUAAUGAUCCUGAUGUGCUUGGCCUUCCCAGUGGAGGAUUAGGUCCCAGAGUGAGGAAACCACCCAGCCACUUGUCAAUUUAUGACUGCACUUACUUUGCAGGCUUAGACUACUGGGCUAUGGUAACUAUCAGUGAUGAUCCUACUACUUUUGAAGAAGCUGUGCAGAAUGAGAAGUGGAGAAAGGCAAUGCAGCAAGAAAUGAUCAGCAUUGAGAAAAAUGACACAUGGAUUCUGGUGACAUUACCUGCAGGGGUGACUCCAAUUGGAGUUAAGUGGAUUUUCAAGACUAAGUUGAAGGAGGAUGGAUCUCUGGACAAAUUCAAAGCAAGGCUAGUGGCAAAAGGGUAUGCACAGAAACAUGGUAUAGACUAUACUGAAGUCUUUGCUCCUGUGGCCAGGUGGGACACAAUCAGAACCCUUCUUGCACUAGCAGCAUAUCAUGGUUUUCCAGUAUAUCAACUCGAUGUAAAGAGUGCCUUUUUACAUGGUGAGCUGACUGAGGAAGUCUACAUCGAGCAGCCUCAAGGUUUUGAAGUCAAGGGUGAGGAACAGAAGGUUUAUAAACUGAAGAAAGCACUGUAUGGGUUGAAACAGGCUCCAAGAGCCUGGUACAGUAGGAUUGAGGCCUAUUUUCUCAAAUCUGGCUUUGAGAGAAGUGAUUAUGAGCAUACAUUGUUCAUAAAGAAGUCUGGAAAUGACCUCCUGUUGGUCAGUCUCUAUGUAGAUGAUCUUAUGUACACCAGCAGCAGCUCUGAGCUCAUAGAAGAAUUCAAGAAGUCCAUGCAAGAAGAAUUUGAAAUGACAGACCUAGGGAGGAUGAAGUACUUUCUAGGAGUGGAGGUGCAUCAAAGUAAAGCUGGAAUCUUUAUCAAUCAGCAGAAAUAUGUGAAGGAGGUAUUAGAGAAGUAUGGUCUGUCAGCUUGCAAUUUUGUGAAGAACCCUUCAGCCCCUGGAACUAAACUGUCUAAAGCAGGAGAUGGGGUUCAGGUAGAUGCUACUGAGUAUAAAAGUUUGAUUGGCAGCCUGCUUUAUAUGUGUGCUACUCGGCCAGAUAUCAUGUAUUCUGUGUGCUUGUUAAGUAGAUUCAUGGAGGCACCAACAAGACAGCAUAUGUUUGCAGCUAAAAGGGUCUUGAGGUACUUAAAGGGCACUAUAAGUCAUGGCAUUUGGUACAAGAAGAAGGAUGGAAAUGAUAAGUUGGUGGGGUACACUGAUAGUGAUUAUGCAGGUGACUUGGAUGAUCGAAAGUCAACCAGUGGCUAUGUGUUCUUCAUUGCUGGAGGGGCUAUUUCAUGGGCCUCGAAGAAACAGCCAGUAGUCACUUUAUCAACCACUGAAGCUGAGUUUGUGGCUGGAUCCUAUUGUGCAGCCCAAUGUGUCUGGUUGAGGAAGAUACUAGAACAGAUGGGUUGGAGGAGCAGUGUUGAUACUGCCACAAGAGUUCUGUGUGACAGCAGCUCUGCAAUCAAGCUGUCCAAGAACCCUGUACUUCACGGCAGGAGUAAACACAUCGACGUGCGCUUUCAUUUUCUGAGGAAUUUGGCUAAGGAAGAGGUGAUUGAGAUGGAACAUUGUCGAAGUCAUGAACAAGUUGCUGAUAUCAUGACAAAAUCCCUCCAACUGGAUGCGUUUCAAACACUAAGAUAUCAAUUGGGAGUCUGUGAUGAAAGAGAGUUCGAAGAAGCAGGAGCCAACAGUGGAGAAAAGGAGCACUAAGGUCUGUGAAGGGGGAUUCAGUUCAGGGGAGGAUAAUGUUGCUGAUGAAGUGAACUGAAUCCGAAUCCGCUCUGGAAAAGGAAAGCUGCACCAGUGUUUAAGUGUUGCUUAGUUAAACUGUGUCGUUUUGGUUUGUUUCUGUUUGGUACUUAAAGUUUGUCGAGGGUUAGUAGUGAUCAUUGUUGCUGAACUAGCCGUUGCAGCUGUUUGUUGCAGCAGGGUCGAGUAGUUAGGCAGGGAGCUAUUUUCCAGGGAUCAUGGGGAUAGGGUUGUUUGUCAAAGCCGAGUUUGAGGGCUGUAGUUGAGAGUCCUCCGUAUAUAUUUCAAUUCCAAUCAAUGAAUAAAGGCGUCAGUUUGCAGUACAUCUGAGUUAACAAUGAAAACGAAACAGAAAUGAUCCCGUCAAAGGAAACAAUUCUGGUACCAAUUAAAGGAGGAGAAAGAGGAGGAAACCAACGAAACGUACUUACCCCUGGGAGAAAUCAAAGUCGCACUGUGGAUUGAUUUACCAGCUCUAAUGGUCCCGUCAUAUCUGUGGUACUCUAGCUGCCAUGGGAUCGUCGGGAACAUACUGCAGUGUCACCUAGCGACUCCUGUGAUUGGCAUGGACAUUAUUGGUGUCGCCUGCUCAUCAGCUCCGACGAUGAUGCAUGUCGGCCGUGUUCCUGGUUCUGAGCGGCGUCAGUAGUAGUGAUGGAGAUAAACAUAGGAAAAUUGGAGGAGAAUGGCUGUUUCCCAAGAAAAAUCAAAUGCCACCGCCGGGCCGAAUUCGUUUCCGGCGAUGUUGAUUUGAUGUUUUGCGGUGGAAACUCUUGCGGUGCCGUUUGAUCGAAUGCACCGCUGAUUGCUGAAAUCGAGACGACCGUCAAAUAUCCGCCGCCGAAUGUCGGCGCCGUUGAUUUGAUCGAUGCACCUCUGAAUGGUGAAAUCAACGUGACCGUCAAAUAUCCACUGCCGGGUGGUGUUGAUUUGAUCGAUGCACCUCUGACUUCUAACCAACGCGACCGUUACUACGGUUCGCACCUCUCCAAACUACGUUCGAACGAGGGUGUUUGAGUUUUGAGGAAUCUACGCUACCGCUACUCCUAUGGAGAUUCCUGUGGAGAGCUCCGUGACUACGACUAAAACUACAACUAUGGAGAUCCUUCCUGGAAGGAGAGCUCCGCGAAGGAGUUACAGAGAAAAGGUAAAGUUUUGACAGAGUUGUUCUGUGUUGAUUUUUGGUCGUCCCUGUCUCUCUCCUUGCAGGGUUGAUUUUAUCUAAAACCAACUUCGUAGUCUUCACGCUCUGUAGAACUGCUUCCUCAACUGCUCCGUCCUGAAAUCCCACGUGUCUCAACUGCCUUGAUCUCCUCUUUCUGCUUUGCGUAAAAGUCACGUGCACACACAUCAACUUUGUACCAUGGUUCGAAUCCUGAUACCGCCAUCGAUUAAAACAACAUUGUUGUUUCACCCUCGUGACCGCGUACUCGCCGCUAGAUUGUUGAUCUCUCGGCGUCGUUGACCACACAAAGUCGAUGGCCUUCGUUGAACUCCACGAUGUUGCUUUGGCCUUGCGGUAUCAUUGAACUUCGCGACAUUGCCGCACUAGCAACGCCGCUAGAUUCGCGACCGCGACCAUCUCUCUCCGCCGCAAUGUUGUUUAGCUCGCGGCUUUAUCCACCACCGCGGUAUUGCUGAUUCCUCGCGCGAUAUCGUUUUCAAGCUCCGCGGUGUCGUUUCCUCUCCAAACAGCUCCGUUUGUUUUUCUUUCCGCGACAUUGUUUAAAUAUUUAAACAUUGUCGUUUGCUAAUACAGCGGUACCGUUGGGCUUACUCGCGGUACCGUUUUUAAUUUAAACGACACCGCUGAUAUAGCCGAAAAUAUUCCAUGGAACCGCCGUCAAUCGGCGCUCGCAUUGGACUAGGCGAAUUUUGGUUUAAUUAAUCAGUACCGCUUACCAGGCUCUUGCGGCAUCGUUUUUAAAUCCGCGGUACCGUUUUUGACUCUCCGCGACACCGCUUAUCUCCAUGCGGAACCGAUUUUCCCCUUCCAACAAGGAAUAAAAACAAUAAUUAAUUAUAAACAGAAAAAACUUCUUCCCCGACACCUACACUAAAACGCGCGGCCCCUUUUAUUUUCAGUAAACGUUGUCGUUUCCAGUGCCGCGGUACCGCUGAGCUUCCUUGCGGUACCGUUUUAACUCAUCCGCGAUGUCGCUUGUCGCGGUGCCGUUUUUAGCCAAACGACAUCGUUUCCCAGUCUCGCGAUGCCGUUGAGCUUUGAGGCCCGCGGCACCGUUUUAUCUCUUCGCAGCAUUGCUUGACUCCAAACGGUGCUGUUACUCUCCUCCUCCGACAAGGAAAAAUAAAAUAAAAAACAUUCCUUGUCCAAUAGCAACACAUGUCCUGCGCAUGACUCACACAUGGUCUGCAACCAAUGUCGUUUCAAGUACCGCGGUACCGCCGAGCCUCUUCGCGGUCUCGCUUAAAUUCUCCGCGGCAUUGCUCGACACCAAACGACAUCGCUUUGGCCAUGCGAUAUCGAAUUAAAUGUCGAGAAUCAUU